CGUAAGGUCUUGCAACAAACUGCUCUGCUAACCUCUUGCUCUGCUCACUUUACCAGAACAUUUUCGAUUGCAUACGAUGAGUGAUAAGAGUGGCCAGUGCCGCGGUUCUUUCAACGACAUGGUCACCUCCUCUGUCAACGUCUUCCUCCCCAUUCAACUUUGCUCUGGAACUGGACUUCUCCUCGCUGGUAAAGGCGAAACCGAAAGUGACAUAAUAUGCGCGGCCGUCAUUCGUCUAGGAGACGAUCAAUUAGUAAAUUUUAUUGACGUUUCGGCACUGUCGGCACGAGCUAGAAAAUCAUUCGAUCGUGUCGGCCUCUUGGUGGUAAAACAUGAGCCCCACUUACCAGACGAAGUGUCAGCCGUGCCACUGGACUUUGUGAUUCAUCUCAACUGGGAAGUCCACGUUCUGACUUCCUUAGUGCGUGGCCCCGAAAGAGACGCCGUUGUUAUUUUCUACGAUGCAGUUAAGGUAGAAAACCUACACGAAGGACAGGCACGUGAAAUGGUGGCGACGAGUAACAUGAACACACAUUCGCUGAACGACCUCAAAGAAGAUGUGAUGAAAGCAGUUCCCGCCGAUUGCCACCACAAACCAAGGGGUUGCUGGCUAAUCGUUCUGCUGGUUGCAACAGCGAUGUGUAAAAUCCGCGAUUGUUUGGCGAUUCCAGGCUGUGUUUCAGAUACAAGCAGGAAAGUGAUGAGAACCAGCAUGACAGGCACCUUAGUUUGCAAUCGCUUGCGAGGUCUGGCAGACGUCAAGAAGGACUUCGAGCAGCACGGCCGUGUGACUCUCGCAAGUAAAAACUUGGUUACUGGACUACUACUCGACUGUCUGCUCGGCCUAGUAUUCGUGUUGGGUGUUAAAUGGUACGGACCUCUUCCAUGGGCGUCACUUCGUUGGGCACAGACUGUGGUGACAAACCUGCGCACCAUUGUGCAGUGGCUGAUGGGUGCUCCUGCUGGGCUGAAGCUGAACGCGCAACUGAGCUCCGCGCUGGGGCGUUUCUUCCUUUACCACAUCAACCUCUGGGAAACUUACGUAAGCGUGGUCUGGCCCUGGGUGUCGCCACUCUUGUACGUACGGGUUGGAAGCUUGGGACUUCAGCUGAGCCUGGCCUCGGAUCUGCUCUCUCUUGCCACCCUGCACGUGUACUGCUUCUAUGGCUACGCUGGCCGCCUCUACUGGGCAUGGGCCAAGGCCCUCGGGGCAUUGGGCAGGCAGUGGAGGGCCCGCAAGUGGAACCCACUGCGACAGCGUACAGACACGUACCGCUGCACGACGAGCGAGCACCUGUUCCUCAGCACAGUACUCUUUGUCAUACUGCUGUUCCUUUUUCCGACGGUUGCAGUCUUCUACGCAGUGUUUCUUGCACUGCGUGUGGCCGUGCUAGCUGUACAGAGUGUCCUCCAGAGGACCCUUGAGCUGUGGGACGCCAUGCCGUGGUACACGAUCUUCUCUCGUCUACUGGGCCAGGGACCAGUUGUCGGAGAGGCCCACUUCGAAGUUGUCACGGGGGGCACGAAAUCAGCUCUCUACAUGAAGGUGGUUCCCACAGCGUUGUCCCUCGGCCCAUUCCCAUCUCCAGCGCCCAAUUGGAAAUCUCUGGUAACAGACAUGCUUCUGGGGAACAUUCUUUAUCCCUUAUGACGUUGCAGAAAUGGAAGAGACGCUGCACGCUACGUGUAAAGUACCAUCUUUUUGUAAUUUUAUAUUCUCUGUUUUUAUUGUAUUGUUACGGGAAAAUUAAAAAGUGUCAAGAAUUAUGCUCA